AUGUGCCUCAACAGCCCGGUGUAUGGCCUGGUCCGGACCAGCAGCCGCGCCACCCAAGACGAGGACUGCCUCUUCCUCAACCUCUAUGUGCCGGUUGAGGCUCUCAAGCCCGACGCGGCCCGCGUGCCCGUCAUGAACUUCAUCCAUGGCGGCGGGUUCAUCAUCGGCGCGGCGUCCAGCACGCAUGUGGCCCCCGACCCGCAGGACUGGGUCCGGUCGACCAAGUCCAUCGCCGUGCAGGCCAACUACCGCCUCGGGGCGCUGGGGUUCAUGGCGCACCCGGUGCUGGAUGUGACCGACGAUGCGGGGACCCUGGUGGAGCCGAGCGGGGCCUUCGGCCUGGCGGACCAGGUGGCCGCGCUGGAGUGGAUCCAGCGCAGCAUCGGGGCCUUCGGCGGCGAUGCCACCCGGGUGACGGUGGUCGGCGAGUCGGCCGGCGGCUUCAGCAUUUGCGCCAUGCUGGCCAGCGACUAUGCGGCUUCGCGGCCGCUGGCCGCCGGGGGCCGGGGGCUGCCCUUCGCCCAGGCGGCGCUCCUGAGUGGCCCCUGCUCGUACUCCUUCCCGGAAGCGCCGUUCAUGGGGUGGGCCGGGCCUGGCGGGCCGGCGGCCGGUGCCGCCACCCCGACCCCGGCCUUGGAUCCCACCCGCCAGCUGGCGUCGCAGCCCCGCGCGGAGGACUGGCUCCCGGUGGCCUCCCGGCCGCCGGUGUUCCUGCCCCCGCCAUCGGGCCCGGGGCACGAUGGCCGCCGGCCGGCCUUCAACAUGCUCCACCAGACCGAGGCCGCCAUGCGGGCCAUGGGCUGCCUGGGGCCCGAUGAGUCGGCCGAUCCCGAGCUCGGCCUGCCGGUCCCGCCGGAACGCGUGGACUGGGCCCGGGUCCGGGCAUGUGUCUAUGCCGCCACCCCGGACCAGGUGAAUGGCGCCAUCACCGCUCGCCGGGGGAUCCUCUGGUUCCGCGGGGCCUUCUGGUUCCCGACGGUCAAUCGCGCCGGCCCGGUGUUCAUGCGCCAGCCCUUGGAGGCCUUCGGCCAGGGGUACACCGCGGCCCUGAUGGGCCCGUCGGUCGGUGCCCCGGCCACGGCUCCCCCCCGGCUGCGCAUUGCCUUCGGCGACAAUUCCGACGAGGGGACCAUCUUCGUGUGGCUGGGCUUCCCGGUGCGCGUGCGCCGGGCCGAAUUCGCCGCCCUGCUGCAGCGCACGGUCGGGCCGGAGGCCGCGGCCAACCUGAUGCUCGCGUAUGGCGGCCAGCCGGCGCCCGCCAGCCCUGCCGGGGCCAAUGCCACCACGGCCCCGGCCGCCAACGGGGCGGCCACCCUGCCACCCCUGCGCCGCGAGGCCCUCGGCCCGGUGGAGGACCUCACCCAGGACCGGGUGGCCGUGGCCCGCGCCGUCAGCGACCUGUGGAAUUGCGCCACCCGCGUCAGCACCCGGACCCUGGCCCGGUCGUAUGAGCAGCUGCUGGCCGCGCGCCGGGUGCCGGCCUCCUCGCCCAGCAUGUCGGCCAUCUUCUCCUACUACUUUGCCCAUGCGCCGGGCUUCGCCCGGUGGCCCUUCGACACCUUCGGCGCGUACCAUGGCGCCGAGCUGGCGUACAUCUUCGGCGUGCGCCGCAGCCAGUAUCACCAUGCCGACCAGCAGGUCUUUGAGCAUGUGCGCGGGGCCUUCGGCCGGUUUGUCCACGGGCUGAUCCCCUGGUCGCCCUUCCGCCUGGCGGCCGACCAUGCGGCGGCCCCCGCGCUCGGCUCCCAGGCCGAGCUGUUCUUCCCCCGCGACCCGGAGCACAGCCUCUGGUCGCAUGUGGAGGUGUUCGGGUCGCGGGCCACCGUCCUGGACGCCACCUGGUCCGGGGGCCUGCACUGUGCGGCGGUUUGGUACAAUGCCUCCAUCGAUGCGGCCGGGUUCCUGCACAUCCCGGAUGCCGCGCGUGUGGGCUACCGCGAGCCGGUCCUCUCGCAGUUCCUCAACGAGGCGGCCGUCAUGUUCCUCGUGUCGGCGGUCGGCUUCCUCAGCGAACACCGCGUGUCGGUUCUCGGCGGCCUGCUCGCGGUGGCCGGGCUGAUCAUCGUCCGGCUGUACACUCGCCGUGCUGGUCGCCGUCGGGCCGCCGCCGCCGCCAUGGCCGCCAAGAAGAACGACUGA